UUUCAAAACACAAAUGUGUAAAUCAACCACAAGUUUCUUGACUGACCUUGAUAGUGAUUAUAUAUCAUAAUUGUAAUUUUCAAGAAUUAAACUGAAACGUGACGGAUUGUCUAUAUUGCCUUUUUUAUAGAAUAAUUUAGUUUUGUUAUAUUGGCCUUUUAGAUGUUUGAUAUUUGAUAACAUAACCAAUAAGAGGCUACUAGAGUGUGAAACAAUAUUUGUUUCAUUUUUCUCAUGGGCUUUAUCGAUGAUGAAUUACAAGAAAUAUCAAAACUUUGUCAAAAUGUUGUUGAUGGUAGUCGCCUCGUUUCUUGUGUACGCACGAUGGUGCGAGUGGAAAUAACAAAAACAAAGUUCAAAACAAUUGUCGCGUGCAUCCAAUUUUCUAAAGACUAUCCCUAUACUCCAUUAUUAAUUGAAUUGAAAAGCAAAACUCUAUCUGUGAAAUUGCUUGAUGGUUUAACAGAAGUCUGUGAAAAGGAAUGCAAAAAAUUAUUAGGAAAAGCUCAGGUGUUGCCAAUAUUAAAAUUCAUUCGUAACUUUAUUGAUGAAAAUCCUUUAAUUUGUUGCUAUGAUGAAAUCUCAGCCAUAAAAAAUAUUUUAGAAAAUAGUGAUGAAUUAAAAUUGAAACAAAAACAUUCUUGUAUUGGUUUGAAGGUUCAGCAAGGAUUAUAUUAUUUCAAGGCUAAAAUUGAAGUACCAGAUAAUUAUCCAAUUGCUUGUGUAAAAUUGGAAGAUGCAGAUACAAAUUUUCCUCCAUUGUUUACACGUCACUUCAUUGGUCAAGGAAAAGAAUUAGCUAGACAAUGUGUAGAACCACCACUUAACAAAAAACAACAAAUACCUUUUACACCUUCACCAUCCUUAAAAGUUGUUACUACUUUCCUUAUAAAGUGUAUAAAAACAUUACCACAAGAACGUUGUCAAUCAUGCAGACAAAUAUGUUUGCCAGCCAAUCCAGAAAAUGCAGAAAUAAACGAAACUGCAAAUAUGCAUGUAGAAAGACUUUAUUGUGGACAUUUGUUUCAUUUACAAUGUCUUGUAACAUUCAUGAAGACUCCUCCAUUCCAUGGGGGUAAAAAAUGUCCAACUUGUGGACAACGUAUUUAUCACGAAAAAUGGGGAGUAAGCGAUAAACUUGCGGAAGAACGUUGGGCACAUCAACAAGCCCGAGCAAGAGAACUAGCAGAGGUAGAAGAUUUCUUCAAUUGAAAUCGAUAAUUUUAUUUAAAUCAUAUCUUAAUAAGUGGUAAUUCUUACAUAAAAUGCAAUAUCAUAAUGAUUCAUUAUCAUGGAUAAGAGUUUAAAGAAAAAAAAAAAAUAAGAGAAGUGUAGGAAAAUAUCAAAUUUUGUAAAAUAUUAUUUAUAAUUCUACGCGUUUUUUUAACAUUCGCGAUCGAAUGUAUGUAGGCCAGUUAAGAGAAGGUAUUUUUAAUACCGUGAAAUCUCUAUUAUAAUAUAUACCAAACGAUUUAUAUUUAUAUUACACUUUAUAAUAACUUUUCCUUAAUAUGGUGCUAUUACUUUAAACUAUUCAUUUUUUAUCGAAUUAAUAUUUAAAAAUUUCGUAAUAAGAUUUUGACUAAAAAAUUCGUUUAAUGAUUUUUUA